AUGCAUCAAGCCAAGGAGGUUCACAUUCAGUGGAUGAACGUACUGAACAUGAUGUACUCCGGCCGAUGCAUAUUUGGCAACUGGCCCCUUCUCAACGUCCUUCCUGGCGACUUCUCACCCAACCUCCUUACGUACGCCGAGAUGAGAGCGGUCGUUUGCCCCUGGAUGCUAUACAUCAUGCGCGACGCAUAUGAUGUUCCCAGCUACACUGGCAACGAGCCAGAGAUCAUCAAAAUGGACGAUAUGACUGUCGAACAAGCGGAGAAGAUCAUGGUGAAGAUCACCCCCAUGAGCGAAGCCAUCAACGCCCACGACGAGACGGCAUUCACGGUUUCUCUUGUCCAGGAUGUCGACGAAAACACUCUGCGCUUCGUGACAACCAGCUCUAAGUUCAUAAGAGAGGUGCAGGCCAACUGUGACGACGAAGUUAUGAUCCAGUUUGCAGGAGACUAUUGGAUGUCAGAGAAGGACAAGAUGGCGGAAUGUCGAGUGAAGCUUGAGGAGAGGGAGAAGGCUCGCCUGAAAGCCAGUCGCGAGAAGCGGGCGGCUAAUAAGGGCAAGGAGACUGCAAGAGGCGUCAGGAAAACCCUCAAGAAAUUGGAUGCACUUGGCAUCAAUUCCUCUGCGUCGAGCUCUAACUCCUCUCCCCCCGAGCACGCGGUCAGCAAGGCCGCUGCACAAUCCGACGCGCACAAACAUGCAACGCCUGCCCCUCCUUCACGCCAGGAGGCCCCAAUCGUUGUUGACGACUCACCUCCUUCUCCGCCUCCUCCCUCUCAGCCCGGCGUCCCUCCGGACCAGUCUCGUCGGGAGGUUAUCGAGUUAGAUUCAUCGGACGGCCAACUGCGGCCUUCGAAGCGACACGAUUCUAACGGUAGCUCCCCAUCCGAAGAACGGGAUCAGCAAGGAAGAGGUCGUUCCCGCUCCCUCUCAGCCCCUGAAUCUCACCCUCGCCAGCAUUCUGGGAAGACUGAUCCCCGUCCCCGGAUCGGCGUCACACCCGGUCUCGAGAGCAUCGACGAUCACGUUCAACGGAUCGUUAUCGUUCCCGAUCUCGGAAUCAUCGCCGUUCUCCAUCAAGGUCUUCCUCACCUGGUUACGCAGGUCAUUCUUACCAGCACAAUCAUGGUUCUUCGCGUGCGUCGCGCAAUGCACCCUAUCACAAUGCGCCAUCAAACCAUCGUUCUACUGCUCGCAUGCCUUCUCCUACACGCUCGCACUACUCUGCUCGUUCUUCUCGCCAUCACCGUCAUGAUCCUUCGCCAGCGCCAUCAAGAGGGUAUUCUCCUACUCGGGGCCCUUCUCCCGCACGGUCCCACUACUCCUCUCGUUCUUCUCGCCAGCAUGAUGUCCCUCUCCAAUCCCCACACGAUACUCCCUGCGUUCUCGGUAUCGUUCUCCGCAACGUAUCCGGCGUCGUUCUCAUUCGCGCGAACAAUGCAUGACCCUUUGAAUGUUCUGUCCACACCGGCUGUCCCCUUAUCCCGUCUUUCCGCAUAUUCUGUGAUCAACUGGAAUGUGAUCAAUGGGGUCAACCUUAAUUCCGAGUUUUGA